AUGCAGGCUCAACUGCGAGAGAUCAGUUCAAAGUUUCACCAAGCCACCAGCUCGGCACCUGAAAUCGACCGUGUAAUCCAGGAAGCACAUAAAACACCGUUCACUUCCCGGAUCACCAACGUCCCCGUCCCAAACUUAGAAAAGUUUAAGCUACAGUCGUACGAGGGGAACUCCGACCCAAGGCAUUUCCUUACCUCGUUCGGUAUCGUAAUUAACCGAGUGAAGUUCACCUCGGCCGAACAGAAGGACGCGAUUCAAUGCCAGUUGUUCGUCGAACACCUCGAAGGCAUUGCUCUAGACUGGUUCUCAAGAUUGGAGGCCGACUCCAUCGAUAACUACAAGGAACUCUCGACGAAGUUCGCAAAGCAUUUCUCGAUGUUCAUCGGGCAGAAAACUUGUAACUCCGAGCUGUGGGAGAUAUCACAGGGCGAGAAUGAGUCGCUCCGAGACUUCAUGGCACGUUUCAAACAGAUCGUAGCACACUGCACAGUGGACGAUGACGCCGCUCUCGAGGCUUUGUACCAGAAAACGUGGUAUAAAUCCCCCUUUCACAAAGAGCUUCGCAGGAACAGACCGCUCACCCUCGAGGACGCGCUCCAUAAGUCAAACAUCUUCAUCGCGGAAGAAGAAAAAGAAGCCGCCAAGGAUCGGCAGUAUUCAAUGACAAAGCCAGGCCAAACGCCAACCCCCAAGGAGAACUCGGAAGCGAAGGCCCAGCCUGGGAAACCGCGCGGAGUAGUAAACCAAGUGGGACCGUCGAACCAGAGGACAGGACGACCUCCAAAAUCCUGGAACACAUGGCACAAGGACGACGAUACGCCACUGAGUUAG